UAUAUAUAUACAUAGUUAGUUGCAGCUCUGCUGUAGUUAUAUUCAGCUGAAUGCAGUCAUGCUGUGAAAACAAGACAACAACUAGGUUUUAAACCUCUUCACUUUAGAGAAUCCAUCGAGUAUCAAGUGAUUCUUGUUUUCUUUAUAGAUAUUCCACAUUCCCUCGAUGAUGUUGAGAACAAUGAGUUCCCUGUGUGUCACAUUCCUUCAUCACGUUAUCUGUUCACUACAUUAUUUACUCAAGUGCUUUCCAGCUCGCCCUCAGGAAUGCUCUCUGACGUCAGCUGCACGGGACACACACAUGUCACACACACAUGUCACACACACAAGUCACACACACAAGUCACACACACAUGUCUCACACACAUGUCACACACACAAGUCACACACACAAGUCACACACACAAGUCACACACAAGUCACACACACAUGUCUCACACAUGUCACAGAUGUGUGUGUGCAGUUUGUCCGUCUCACUUUCCUGGUUUCUGGUUGCUCAGGUUCACCGAUAAAACGCAGGCUGCGGGCCGAUGACUCCUGUCAGAGCCUCGACCUGUCUCUCCUCUCUCCUGACUCCUCGUACGUCUGUUACUCGUCUGUGGGCGGCGGUGAUCCGUGCUCCUGCCGCCGCUCGCCGCGCCUCCUCACCAACGGAUACUACAGCGUCACGGAGGACAGCUUCUCCUGGGACGACGACGGCAACGUGUCGCUGACUCCCUGCAAAACCAGCGUGUCCUACAAGGAGAACCUCGUGAGGGUGUUCCGGCGGCGGCGCCGGCCUCGCGGCUCUCUGGCUCGCCUGCUGAGCGACGUGACGGAGAGCUGCCAGUCCUGGCUGGACGAGAAAGUCUUCAGAGGUGUUUUCAGGACAGGACAGAACCAGGACCAGGUCCAAGACUGCGCCAGGACCAGCCAGGAAGGCCCGGCCACGUUGGACGAGUCGACCUGGUCCGGGUUCACCGGCACCGAGCUGGACGACGGCCACGGCUUCACUUACGACCACACGGAGACCCCCCCCCCUCCAGAUAAAGAGGCCCUGCCCUCGAAGCUGCUCAUCCAGGAGGAGAUUUGUUCUGAGAUCUGUCAAUCAAAGGAGCUGGGUGGCCUCUCUGAAGUCCCGCCUCCCUCACCUUUCUACACCAACAGCUGCUGUCAGGCCUCACCUGAGCACCCAGGGUUAACGAUGAAGACCCUUCUCCUUUUCAUCUUCACCAUCUUCAUCUUCACGGCUCUGUACUCGGGGUGUCCGUUACGGAGUGCGACCGUCGCAUCGACCGUGUUCGUGAUGAUCGCAACAUUUAUGCUCCUGACGAAGUCGGGGCCGAUGGGCGAGUGGAGGAGGGCGAAGACGGAGGAUAUCACAUCUAGAAACGAGUAAGAGAAGCACCAGGAGACCAACGUCUGCAGCGCGACAGAGAAGGUCUGAUGAGCAGAAACAUUUCACUUUUCACUGUUUGCAUGUCAGUUGCACUUAAAGUUGUCCUGAGCUCCGGAAACAUUUCACAGCAAACACCUGCUUGAUGCUUUGACUGCAAAUGAAAACUCUUUGAAUGUAAAUCUUUGAUCUGAAGUUAAAGUGAAACCGUUAAAUCCAAAGCAAAGCAAGAAGAGCUGCUGAGUUAAGAUUACACCUGAGACUUUGAGUCUCAUGAUGACCGGAUGUUGAAGCCCAGUCAGAAAGUGUGUUUGUUGUUAGAAAUCUGAAGGAGCUCAUUAACACGUGACACACGUUACCGUAGUUUAGCUAUAAAACAUAGAAAGUAUAUGAAAUAUAAAAUGUCCAAAUGUACCUGAUGUAUUUUUGCAAUUCUCUAAGUGUUCCUUCGAUUGUUAAUAGUUGAACUUGGCUUUUUUGGGCUGUCCAAAGUGACCAAACGUCAGACUGAACUCGUCUGGAGAACAAAUCCAGGUCGCUGCGAAGCCUCACUUCUUUUCAAAAUAAGAGCUUUUUCUAAAAAAAAAAAACUACCUGGAAGUUGUAACUGCAGGAAGAUAAGUGCCAUUUGUGUUCCUGAGGAAACUGAAUGAAGAGUUUUAUUCCAAAAUUAAAUAACAAAUAAUAUAAUAAAUGAAAUCAUGUUGGUCCUGGUACAUUAAAGCUGCACCGGCUCAGAUUUUAUUGUGAAAAUCUGAUUGCCUGGUUAGAGUUCUGAGGAGAACGUGUUUUGUUACAGAACUAUAAGUUCUGAUGUCUGUAAAACGCAUCAUAAGAAGAAGUCUGUCGACGUCAAUUGAUUGACAGGUCGAUGGGCGGGACCAAGGAUGAAUUAAUCUUAAUAUGAAAUGAAGAUGAUUUAAAUCCAGUUAUUAUAACGAUGUAAAACUCUUCCGCUGUGAAGUGCCUUUCAUAUCAGCCAGCCGUACAGAAUCAUAAUAAUAAUAAUAAUAAUAAUAAUAAGACUACAGGGAAGUGAUGGAUUCAAACCUAAAACGCUGCUGAGACAUUAAACAGACCUGCUCCAGAGUCACAUGGGGUUUGAUUCGUCCUGCAGGGUGAGGCAGGCGGGUGGAGUUUACUGCGUUGGGACAGUUCUCAGAUCAAAAUGUUUUCUUACACAGUGUUCACACAUGUUGCUGUGAUCUAAACUCACAAGACACAACGCUUUUGUAAACGUUCGGAUCAAUCAGGAACUAAAAGCUGCAAAACCAGAGCUGCUCUGAGAAGUUGAACAUUUCCAUCUUCACAGAGACUCGUGAAGCUGCGUCUUCGUGAGCGCCUUGCUGUCACGAUGCGUGCGUCACUUUUAAAGUCCAUGUGUGAACGUAGCCUGGCCACAUUCUUGUGAGUCAGGUUCUGCUUCUCUGUGCGGGUUUAAACUUCUAAACACUUCCAACACUGUAGCUUUAUAAGGUUUUGACUUUAUAAAGUUGUAUUUCAAAUUCAAUCACGUUUGGAGCUCAAACUAUGCCAAGACUCAGCCAAGCUGAAGCAGGAAGAGCUGAGCUGUGCUUUCACAACUCAGCUCCUUCUGAGUGUUUCUGUGAGGAGCAGAGACGUCGUGUCGCUUAGUUUAUCAUGUGAUAAGUAAAGCUUUUUAUUUCUAUUCAAGUUGUGAUAAUCAUGUCGCGUUUAAGUCCUAUAGGAAUUACUGGAAUUACCAGUUUCUGACUUAAAUAACUGCGAUUUCUCUGAAAGCUUCAAUGUUUACGACUUGGCGCAACGUAAUACGGAAGUGCCUGAACGCCUCACACUAACCAGAGUCUGCCAGGUGAUUAAACCCACAUUUACUGGAGGUAUUUUAACCCUCGCACCCCCAACACUGCAGACAUUCAACCGGGAAUCUUUUGUUCACACGAACGCUUGCAAGUCGUAAACAGUCUUGUCUGACGUGAACGUGGAGAUCUGCCAAAGUUUAACUCGGGGCUCAAAACAUUUGUUUGUUCUUCACUAAAGAGAAUUUGAUGGAGAAUAAUGGUUGUCACGACUGCGGGUGUGACUGGCCCUUUAAGAGUCUGACGUCUCUUCUGUGUUGAUCUGAGUUACUGAUGUGUCACUCAAAGUGCCAAACGUGUGGCGAUUACGGAAAUCAAUCUAUAUUUACUAAUAUUUUUAAUACAGCUCUGCAUGACUUAUUACUUUGCAUUUAAAGCUGCAUUUAUCAAUAUUUUUGAUUUGAGCAAUAUAUUAAAUUCCCCUGUGUAAAUAAAUGUGAGCUCUAAAACGCCCUUAAGUUUCUUUAAGAUGUUUGUUUUGGUUUCAUGGCUGAAGGUUUGAGCCAGAGGUUCAUCCCAGGAGCUGGUGGAGAGCAAAGAAACUUCAGUCCGAUGUGAUGAAUGACAUGCGUUCUUCUGCGCCCUGGUGGCCACAACACUGUGAUGCAGCUUUAAAUGAUCAAAGUUAAAUGUUAAAGUUUUUCUUAUUUUAUAGAAUAUACUUUUAUGAAGUGUUGUAAAAAUAUUGAAUUUACUGCAAAAGACUGAAAACUCAUUUAAUAUGAAUUUUCCUGGAUGAAUCAAACCUUUAGAUAAGCUAAUGUUUGUGAUGUAAUGCAGCUAUAUAUGUAUAUAUAUAUAUGAAUAUAUAUACAUACAUAUAUAAAUAUACAUAUAUAUAUAUAUAUAUGUAUAUGUUUGUUUUUUUCCAUUGACUGCACUUUCUUCCUCAUGUGGAAAUGUGAUACUUGUGAAGGCACUUGUUAUAUUUGUUUGAUUCCACUGUGUUCAUGUUAUUAAAGUCAGAAAACCGUAGAAAUUAAACCUUAAACGAAACGCAAACUAGAUUUUAAUUUGAAAUUGAGACGUGUAGAAGAUUGUUGCCGUUAUGAACAAAUUAUGUGACAAAUUAGCUUCCAACAGUCUUUUUCCCUCCAGUGCUCAUCAGUUAAAUUUGUAAGUUCUUCGUACUUUAGUGAUUUUGAGCAGUUUGAUGGCGUUUUAAGAUUUUAUUUUUACUGUAUUUUGCAUAUUGUGAAAUAUCUUCCUGUUUAGGAGGAUAUGUUUUGUUUUAUGUGACGUUAAAAUUACUGUUCAUCAUGCAUUAAAUCCUGAUAAAGACAAA